GUGUCACUAGAACACACUUUCUGUUCAUACGAGGAUAAAAGCGGAUAUCUCAGGAGCAUUGUGUGGAAGGGUUUGAGCUCGAGUUGAUAUUUAGUGUGCGAAUUAAACACCACACGGACUGGAGCAGAGCCGCGCCGCGGUGCAUUGUGGGUGUAGCGCAAACAUGGCGGAGGCCGUGCGGACAUGCUAACGGCUAAUCGGAGCUGUGUGCAGAGUAAACAUGUGGAAGCAGAUCAGUAAUCUGCGGAAGAACAGGACGCUGAGGUACGGAGUGCCCAUGCUGCUGCUUGUGGUUGGAGGAUCAUUCGGUCUGAGAGAGUUCACACAGAUUCGGUAUGAUGCUCAGAAAAUAAAGAAGAAGAUGGACCCUGUGCUGGAGGCCCGAGUGAACUCACACGCGCACACAAACAUCCUGCAGGAAGAGUAUGAGAAGCUGAAACGGGUGGAUUUGGACAGCUGGACAAACAUCCGUGGACCACGACCCUGGGAGAACUCUCAGCAAGAGGAACAGGGAACCCAACUCACCAGGGGCACUUAGUGUGUGUGUGUGUGUGUGUGUGUGAGAGAGAGAGUGAGAUUCUGUUCUUGUUCAAUUUGUUGUAAAAUAAUUAUAAACAAAUGAGUACAAAA